AUGAAAUAUGAAUCGUUGGGUCUACUGGUCGGUGCAGCCUCAGGUCUUGUAGAGAGUCGUCAGGCUGCAAGACAAUCGCCGCUAACGACAACUACUGCUGCUGCUGCCACUCCUUGGCCGUCGGUCUCGUACAAGACCGAACCUUUCACGAGCCCAGAGCUUGAUGUCAACCAAACUGGGCCAACAGCACCCGGGCUGAUCUGGUUUUCGCCUGCUCUUUUCUUCCCUCAGCAGGGUCUCGGAGCGCCUUCAACAUCGGAGCUUACACCACUUAUUGCUAGUCAGGACGGCGAAGUCGUCUUCCAUGGGCCGAAUUAUCUGCCAGACGAGCCCGACUUCUUUGCGAACUUCAGGCCGCAAUUCUUCAGCAAUGGGACGCUAUUAUCCUACUACCUGGGCCAUUUUGGACCGAAUAUGGAGCAGGCAGUGAGUCAAAGUCCCUUCCAAUCGUUUAAGGGAAAUAGCUGGGCUAAGCUGAAUGUUCAAUCUCAGCUCGGAAACGUAACUUUUAUUGAUUCUACAUACACGGUGACAACUGUCAUCUGCUUGGCAGAUUAUCCUACAUUCAUACCUGGUGCCACGGAGUCGGAUUGCAAAGUCGACCUCCAUGAGUCACGACGCUUGUCUGAUGACAGAUUCAUAGUGACAACUCACAACUAUACUCAGACGGAUUUGUCCGCCGUUGGCGGUCCCCAAGAUGGAUGGGUAACAGACAGUCAGUUUCUGGUCGUAAAUCCAUUCACAGAGGAGAUUUCGUUCAAGUGGUCCAGUCUCGAACAUUUGGACAAGCUGCCCGUUAACGACUCUAGAAUUCUCAGACAGAACCGAAUGGGUCAAGAGCUUGGCAUUUCGCCGGAGCUGGCAUGGGAUUACUUCCAUAUCAAUGCUGUUGCUCCAUUUGAAGAUGGAUACGUCAUCUCAGCCCGCCAUUUCUCAACCGUGGUCUUUAUUGACAAGGAUGGAGAGGUGACAUACCGGUUGAAUGGCGAAAUUGGACAGGAUUUCUCUCUCCCCACAGACGCGCAUUUCAGAUACCAGCACGACGUUCUUGCCCAUCGGGAUGAUGACGGGUCUAUUAUCGUAACUAUGUUCGAUAACGAAAAUUACGAUGUCCCGCCGCCCAGUCAAGACGUUGAGUCUUCAGCCCUAGAGCUGCGAUUGAACACGAACGACAUGACAGCUAAAUUGGAACGGCGCUUAUUCAGCAACGAUACUGUUCGUGCUAUCGGACUGGGGUCAUGGCAGGACCAGCCCAAUGGAAAUGUCUUUGUUGGCGAAGCGACGUUCCCGGCACUGGCUGAGUUUGACCCAACUGGCGAACAAGUCUGGAACCUCCGCUAUGGAUUUGAUAGUCCCGGGUCUUUCCGCGCCUACAAGUAUACGGAAUGGACUGGUAAGCCGGCAAAUCCUCCCAAGGGAGUUGCUGAAGCUCUGGACAAUGGUUCCAUGGCCGUCUUUAUGAGUUGGAAUGGCGCCACGGAGGUUGUCAGCUGGGUUGUUAAAGCGCUGACAGACAAUGGAAUUUCUCUAAAACUUACAAAUGUCCCAAAAUCGGGUUUCGAAACAACGGCUAUUGUUAAUGCCACCACGUCACAGAUGCUUCUUGCCGUCGCGCUGGGGGAUGAUGGCCAGGUAUUGGGGACAUCGGAACCGUUUACAGCCUAG